CAAUACUAGUAGUAGUCCCUUGCUCCAAUUGAUUUAUCUUCUGGGCUUACUAAACCAACUACUUCUGACAAGACCAAUACUAGUUCAUUUGAUAUGAGCGAAGUUCAAGAUUUUUCUAUGUCUAAGCCAAAAAGUUCAGGAAAUACACCGGGUAGUCCAUCUACAACCAAUACUCCUGCAUUUAGCAGUGGAAAGGGAAAAUUAGAUAAUAUGCUUACAAAAUUAAUGAAGAAAAACAAUUGUUCCAUUGAAGAACCUGUAGUUGGAAAAGAAAAGAAACGACGUAAGCUGGAUGAAAUUGUUCUUGGGUUAUCUGCAGCAAAGGAGCACAAUAAACCACCAUUAUCAUCAUAUCCUCCAAUAGAAGCAACAGUUAAGAAACCACAAGUAACACCAAGUGUUUCCGUGUUGCCUGCUCUUGCAGUAUCCAGUUCUAGUAAUUCUAGCUCAAACCAAAAACCAUUCACAAUAACAGUUACAAGCAUUCCUUCCACUUCAAAAGCAGGUUCAAGUUCUCAAUCUAGCAGUUCCCAACUUCCAUCAAAAACGGAUUCGUUUGCUGCGUUUUUGCAGCAGGCCGAACAACAAAAUUUAUUGUUGAAGCAGCAGCAGAAACUUUUGCAAAAAUUGCCAUCGACAUCUGCCCAAAGGAAAAGCUAUGAAGCAAUUCUUGCAAGUAUAAACAAAGCAGCAGAUUAUAGUCCAAAAUUGCCUGGAUCUUACUCACAUGAAGCAAAAGUCAAUAAAUGGUUGGCUGAGCAGAAUGCUGUUAUACCAGAGCAGCCAUUAGGAGCGGAUUACUUAUCCCGAAGAAGAAGACCGAGGAUGGAUCCUACAAUUUUGGAUUGGAAGAAAUUAACCGGAGAGGAAAAUGUCUCAGUUAUUCAUCGCACUACAGGCAAAAAAAUUACUGGGAGCAAAGCACCUCAAUUGAAAAGACUAAGUCAAUGGCUUAUAGAGAAUCCAAUGUAUGAUGUGGAUCCAAAAUGGUCGGAACUCGUAAAAGAAAGUAAACCUUCUUUAGAUCCUAAAUUGCAACGACCACUGAGCAGUGGCAGUCUAAGUUCUAACCCAGACAGGAAGAAGAGUAGAAGUAUGCUGGAGUCUCCAAGUGUUUCUCCAUCUGUGAGCAGUGCAAAUUUAGCUACUUCCUUAGCUUCCAGUAUGCAGUUUCCUUCUUUAGGUGCUAGCAGUUUAUCCGGGUUGAAUAGUAGCGCUGCUCUGGUAUGUCAGGAAUGGGUGCUUUUGAUCCAAAGAAUCCAUAUUAAUGCCAUUUGGUGGCAUGCCAAAUAUGAAUGCUUUGGCGGGAAUGAGUGGGCUUGGGAACUUAAGUAA